GCCUUAAUCCUUACCUUCACACCAAGACCAGGCAAUGGCUUCUCUCUGUACCCAACCAAUCUUCACUACCACCCAGACUGUGGCCGGCACCACCAGCACCUCUCCCAGGUUCUCAUUCUCUUCUUUUUAUCCAAAAAACCCCCAGAUUUCAAAAUCAGGGAAGCGGAACCAUCCCCAGCUUGUUCCAAGAGUACUGGCAUGCAAAGCCACAAAGGGUGACCAAAACCUUACCUCUGGCUCCAAAGAUGGACAACCUCCUCAAGGGAAAUUCGAUAGGAGAGAUGUGCUCAUCGGCCUCGGAGGUCUCUACGGUGCUGCCAGUCUUCACAAUGACCCGGCUGCGUUGGCAGCCCCGGUGUCAGGGCCAGACAUAACAAAAUGUGGGCAGGCAACCAUUACUGAAGGGUCAACAAUCAAUUGCUGCCCAACAGGAUCCACAACGAUCACAGACUUCAAGAUACCCUCAAACCCUACCGUGCGUGUGAGGCCUGCCGCACAUUUGGCGAACAAGGAUUACAUAGCAAAAUAUAACAAGGCCCUCAAGCUCAUGAAAGCCCUCCCAGCCGAUGACCCACGUAGUUUCUCACAACAAGCCAACGUUCACUGCGCCUAUUGUAAUGGGGCAUAUGACCAAGUCGGAUACUCAGACCUUGAGUAUCAAGUUCACGCUAGUUGGCUCUUCUUCCCGUUUCAUCGCUGGUACUUGUACUUCUAUGAGAGGAUCUUGGGCAACCUGAUUGGCGAUCCCACCUUUGCCAUGCCAUUCUGGAACUGGGACGCCCAACCCGGCAUGCAAAUCCCAGCCAUGUUUGUAGACUCCACCUCACCACUCUACGAUGUCUACCGCAACGCAAAUCACCAGCCGCCGACACUGAUCGACCUCGACUACAGCGGUACAGAGGAUUCAACAAGUUCAGUAGACCAAAAUCUCAACAUCAUGUACCGGCAGAUGGUGUCCAACAGCAAGACCGCUCAGCUAUUCCACGGCACCGCUUACCGUGCCGGGGAUGACCCUGACCCGGGUGCUGGCUCACUCGAGUCCACUCCUCACAAUAACAUCCACUUGUGGUGCGGUGACCCGAACCAGCCUAAUAUCGAGGACAUGGGGAAUCUUUACUCCUCCGGUAGAGAUCCACUCUUUUACGCUCACCACUCGAAUGUGGACCGAAUGUGGACCAUAUGGAAGACGCUAGGAGGGAACCGAAAAGAUUUCACAGACACUGAUUGGUUAAACGCCGACUUCAUCUUCUACGAUGAAAAUGCUCAGCCUGUUCGUGUUUAUGUUAAGGACUGCCUUGAAACUAAGAAGCUGGGCUAUGCUUAUCAAGAUGUGGAUAUUCCAUGGCUGAAAACUAAGGCAACUCCUCGCAAAUCUAAAAACGUCAAGAAAGUAGCGACGCUUUUUCCUUCAGGACGUGGGGGUGUUGCGCUUGCGGCUGCAUCAUCUGCAAGCCUUGCGUUUCCAGUUGUUUUGGACAAGGUGAUAAGCACUGUGGUCGCUAGGCCCAGCAAAUCGAGAAGUAAACGUCAGAAGGAAGAGAAGGAAGAGGUGUUGGUGAUUGAAGGCAUCGAGUUGGAGAAAGCUGCGGUGGUGAAGUUUGACGUUUAUAUUAAUGAUGAUGUUGACACUCCCAGCAGGCCAGACAAGACGGAGUUUGCAGGAAGCUUUGUGCACGUGCCGCAUCAGCAGGCGCAUGCGAAGAAGAAGAAGACCGCCCUGAGAUUGGGGAUCACCGACUUGUUGGAUGACUUGGGAGUUGAUGGCGAUGACGACGUCGUUGUCACUUUGGUUCCUCGGCAAGGUACAGGGCUGGUCAGCAUUGGUGGAAUCAAGAUUGAGCUUCUUUCUUGAUCUGCUUCAGGUGGUUUGUUCUUUCGCCAUUAUCAUGAUCCUUGCUUAUUAAUAAACUUAACGUAAUAUUAUUAUGUGUUUCUACUUUUUCUGUUCUGAGGCUCUGAGCAAUAUGUAUUUCUACUUUAUUUUAGAGGGUCAUGAUUGGUUUCUGAAGUCUCGAGUUUGUUUGAAGGUAUCUACGUAGUUACAUAUUAAUGUAACUAUGACUUAUGUAAAAAUAAAUAAAAAUGGCCUUGUAGUCUA